AUGGUCCUCAGACCAAAGCACAAGGUAGAGUGUGUAAGAGUGUCCAGCACAGCCCUGGCCUUCGGACUCUGCGGUUGGACUAAAACUGGUAUUGCAUUGUUGUAUGAUGAAGUAUCUGAAAAUGCCUAUGACAUCCGACUGAAGCUUACAAAAGAGGUAUUAACAAUUCAAAAACAAGAUGUCGUCUGUGUUAGUGGAAGUGAUCACAGUGCAAAUGUUAAUGGUAUUAAUGUAGAAAGUGCUACCCAUGAAGAAGUGGUGGUCCUAAAGGGUUUAGGUACUUUGAUAAUACUCUUAAACAGUACAAAAAUUCUCAGCUUUUUAGCAUUGCAGGAACAAGGAUUGAAUUACUGUAGUAAAGAAUCUAUUUUAAUUGAUUGUAAGAGCAACAUUGAAAAAUUAGAUUAUGUGAGGUCAGUGAUUGCUAAUGGGAUACAGAAUCGUUCCCUCCUCCAGGUCAGCAGCUCACAUCUGUCCCAGGCUCCAUCAUCACCUUCUUCACCCAUAGCUAAUGAACCAAAAUACGAGAAGCGCUGGCUAGACACCUUAUCAGUUCCUCUGUCGAUGGCUCACAUCUUGAGGUACAAAGCUGGAACAGAUAAAUUAAGAUCUAAUGCAUUUGAAGUGCUGGCACUCGAUGGAGUUAGUACUGGGAUACUUCAGUUAUAUACAGCCCAGGAGAGUGCUGACUGUCUGAGAGCAAUAUCAACUAACAUCAGUGAUUUGACACUUCAAAAUAUGAAAAUGACAAAUAAAUGCUGUUCUCCCUCAGACCAGGUCAUACAUAUGGGAUGGGUAAAUGAGAAACUUGAAGGAACUGAUUCAUCUCAGCUCUACAAAUUCAAGUUUCUGGCACUGAAGGGUUCAUCCUUCUACAUUUUCAGCACUCCACCGGUAAGCACACUAGACUGGGUACGAGCUGAAAAAAUCUAUAACCUCUGUGAGGUUCUGUUUAAAAUUCACAAGACGAAGAGUCACAUACUGAAACAUGUCUUUCAGCUCUGGCUUGCUGAUGAUUGCUGGCUACAAGCAAACUUGUAUUUAGGUAUUCAUCAAGACUAUGAUCUUGAAGACCAGAGGCCAUACUGUUUCAGUGUUAUGGUUGGACAUGGCAAGAGUCAUUAUUUCAAUGUAGAGCUUGGCAGUGAGUUGGCAGUGUGGGAGAAAUCUUUUCAAAGAGCAAUUUUCUUGGAAGUUCAAAGAACAGGGGUAAGUAAUGAAUAAUUUGAAUCCUGGAGCCAUUUCAUCAGUAAAAUAUUCUGUAACAAAUUUUAGCAAAGUUACUGCAUAUGUUUAAUAAUUGUUUCAGAUUAAUAUGCACUGUGAGUAAAGAUCUGAGUAUACUUUAAUACACCAAAGGCUUCUGAAAGCUUCAUCAUCACAUAAAUAUUUAUCUGUCUAUGACUGUGUGAUAACACUGUAUGAGUAUAUUAUGACAGUUUGAAAAUUAGAAGUAGUAAUGUAUAAAUUUACUUUGAUUACAAUAAACUGGAAAUUGAUACAUUCUGC